UCCAAAUGUUAAAAUUAUAUUUAUUUUUGUGAUGCUGAAUAAGAAAAAGUUACCCCACAUCACACAAAUAAAGUUGACUAAAAUGUCCUAUCCAAUCUACAUAAAAGUGAAGCAGGACCCUGAAGGAUGCAUUCUUUCUCAAGGAGUCCAACAGGACAGAGGGAGGGAGCGAUGAAGGAAGGGAGGGGGGGGAAAAAGUCCAACUACACUCUCACAGCUCACUUUGUCUGAUCUCCUCCCGGGAUGAACCACAGGCAGGCGGCGUCAGCCACCGACACCCCGCGGGCCAGGAGUCGCGACAACCUGCUGACAUCCGAUGACUUCCCCGAGGAUAACCGAUCGUUUGGCCACAGCCAACUGCUGGCUCGGCUCAGCGCCGUCAAGCGCCGGCAGGCCCUGAGGGGCCCGUCCCACAUGUUCACCGCACCGUCCGUGGGGCCGUCCGAGGUGGAGCAGCGCUUCUUGGAGGCGGCCGAGUACGGCAACAUCCCCGAGGUGCGGCGGAUGCUGCUGCAGGUGCCGCACCUGAACGUCAACACGGUCAACUACAUGGGCCAGAACGCCCUGCAGUUGGCCGUGGCCAACGAGCACCUCGAGGUGACGGAGCUGCUGUUGGGGUGGCCGGACUUGGCUCGGGUGGGCGACGCCCUCCUGUUGGCCAUCAGUAAGGGUUACAUCCGCAUCACCGAGGCAUUGCUGGCGCACCCUUCGUUCCGAGACGACCAUCGUCUGACGGCCAGCCCCGCUCAGGUGGACAUGCUGGAUGACUUCUACGCUUAUGAUGAGGACGGGACGAGAUUCUCUCACGACGUGACUCCUGUGAUCCUGGCGGCGCACUGCCAAGAAUUUGAGAUCGUCCACACCCUUCUGAAUAAAGGGGCUCGCAUCGACCCGCCGCACGACUACUUCUGCGGCUGCAACUCGUGCAACUAUCAGCAACAGUUUGACUCCUUCAGCCACUCACGCUCUCGAAUCAACGCCUACCGCGGACUGGCCAGUCCGGCUUACCUCUCCCUGUCCAAUGAGGAUCCGGUGCUGGCUGCCCUGGAGCUCAGCAACGAGCUGGCCAUGCUGGCCAACAUCGAAAAGGAGUUUAAGAACGACUAUUGCCGCUUAUCCAGCCAGUGUAAGGACUUUGUGGUGGGCCUCCUGGACCUGUGCCGCAGCACCCAGGAGGUGGAGGCCAUACUGAACGGAGGAACGGACGACGAAGACAGCUACGACCCGCCCGGGCGCCCGUCCCUCGCACGCCUCAAGUUAGCCAUCAAAUACGAAUUGAAAAAGUUUGUGGCCCAUCCCAACUGUCAGCAGCAGCUGCUAAGUAUCUGGUACGAGAACAUGCCCGGGCUCAGGCAACAGACCACCGCUAUUAAACUACUGGUGGUCCUGGCCGUGGCAUUGGGGCUACCGGGGUUGGCUUUGGCCUACUGGAUCGCACCGUGCAGUAGAGUUGGGCGGGUGAUGAGAAGCCCCUUCAUGAAGUUCGUGGCCCAUGCUUCAUCUUUCACUAUCUUCCUGGGCCUGCUGAUUUUGAAUGCCGCAGACCGUUUUGCAGGAACGGCGCUGUUGCCCAACAUGACCCACCGAAAUAUGCCCAACACGGACCCAAUGCUGCUCUACCGCAUGACCACAACACCCUUCACCUGGAUGGAGAUCCUUAUCAUCUCAUGGGUCAUGGGUAUGAUCUGGACCGAGGUAAAGGAGCUCUGGAGUCUAGGGCCAGGGGAGUACCUGGUGGAACCGUGGAACUUUCUGGACUUUGGGAUGCUGGCAAUCUUCCUGGCCUCCUUCGGUUGUCGCUUCUCUGCCCUGAGACACGCCAGCUUUGCUCAGACUUACGUAGACGCGCAUUUCACCAACCUGACAAACGCCACGUUGCCUCCAGAGAUUCUCUACUUUACCCUUGCACGGAUCCACUGGUUGCCGUCAGACCCCCAACUAGUCUCUGAGGGUCUGUACGCAGUGGCUGUGGUUCUGAGCUUCUCCAGGAUCGCCUACAUCCUCCCAGCCAACGAGAGCUUCGGGCCUCUGCAGAUCUCUCUGGGCAGGACGGUUAAGGACAUUUUGAAGUUCAUGGUCAUCUUCCUGCUGGUAUUUCUGGCUUUCAUGAUCGGCAUGUUCAACCUAUAUUCCUACUAUCUGGGCAUCAAGCAGAACGACGCCUUCACCACCUUGGAGGAGAGCUUCAAGACGCUUUUCUGGGCCAUAUUCGGACUGUCUGAGGUCCGCUCGGUAGUCAUCAACAACGGACACAAAUUCAUCGAGAACAUUGGCUACGUCCUGUACGGCAUUUACAACGUCACUAUGGUCAUCGUGCUGCUCAACAUGCUCAUCGCCAUGAUCAACAGCUCCUUCCAGGAGAUCGAGGACGACGCCGACGUGGAGUGGAAGUUUGCUCGGGCCAAACUGUGGUUCUCUUACUUUGAGGAGGGACGGACCUUACCUGUGCCUUUCAAUCUGGUUCCGAGUCCCAAGUCAUUGCUGGGCCUGUCUAAAGGCGUUAAGUCUCUGGUGCUGCAGUAUGUGAGAGGACAAAAGGAGGACAAACUUGAGACGCAACUUGACAAGAUGGGAGGAGGGAAAGAUUCAGCAUUCAGUGAUUCCGCACGCCCCUCCAGAUACCAGGUAUCGGCACCACAAAAGUUUCUGUUAUUUUACAAGGCUCAUAGUCAACAUUCCUGUAUGCAGAAAAUCAUGAAGCGUCUGAUCAAGCGUUACAUCAUCAAAGCUCGAGCCGACCGGGAGAGUGAUGAAAUCACGGAAGGCGAGUUGAAGGAAAUCAAGCAAGACAUCUCCAGCCUCCGUUAUGAGCUUUUGGAAGAGAAGUCGCAGAACACAGAGACGCUGGAUGAGCUGAUGAGGAGACUUGGGGACAUCACUACAUCUUCCUGAUGAUAUUUUCUAAGAUUUUUUUUUUUUAAUAUAUUUAUGCAGCUUGUAAAGACUACAAACAACUUUGCAGUACAGCGGCUACGUUAGAAUCAUAUGUAAAAGGUUCCGAGUGUGUAUUUUAUAUGUAUUAUAUCAUCCACCAAUAUUAUAUAAAAACUUACCCAAUUUUCUUGAGCAUCGUCAGAAUGACUCCGGAAAGAAAGUCUGGAAAAAGAGUGUUUGAAAUGGCUCAGUGUCAAGAGAAAAAAAAAACAUUAUGUUAAUCCACAUAGUUGACAAUGAAAUACUCACUGGUAUAUUUUCUUUAUCCUCCGCAAAGAGCGACUUCUCACCGCAGCCCACUGAAAACCUGAGGACAUGCGUCUAA